AUGUAUUUACAAGCGUGUCCUCCGUGACUGAAGUACCCAUAAUUCACAGCCGAUAUAUUAACGCUCACGCUCGUCCAAAAUCUAAACCACUGUCCAACGACGAGGGACACCCAGGGUAGGGUAUUUAGGAGUUAAUCAGGGCGCCGCACAACAUGGCGUUCAAGAACAGUUUUUCUCUGGACUCUGAGAGCAGUUCGUCAGGGGGCAGAAGCUCCGGGUGCUUUGUGUCAGCAGUCCAUGGCUUCAUAUUGCUGCUGUUGGGUGUGGCCAUUGCUGUCGGCGUGGGAGUCCUAGUACACUUCGCGGGGGGUCGGGAGUUGGUGUGUCAGUGUGGUCAGGCCUCGACCCCAACCCAGAGUCCGGAGGCCAUCAGACAGAUGUGUACUGACAUGGUCAAAGAGGGCACUGGACAGGAAAUAUGUGACGUGUGUCCUGCUGACCCCACCGUGACGACAAACAGUCCAGUUUCCGAGGCUACACUCACGACGACAGCACCAACACCAACACCACCACCAACAACAGAGGCACCUACAGACUACCGUCUUCCCAUAACUGUGCGACCGUAUCUGUACACGUUGGCUCUCCAGCCCAACAUCUAUGGCUUGGACAAUGGGAUAUUUGAUUUCAAUGGCUCUGUCUCAAUUGCAACGGUAGCUGAAGUCGCUGCCAGUACCAUCACGUUGCACGCCUAUCCUACACUCAACAUCGACAAGACAACAAUUCAGGUGAGAGACUUGGACACAUCAGCCAGUGUAACUGUACAGGGCACAUCUUAUGAAUCUCUGAGGCACUUCUUUGUCCUGCAUCUGUCAGUGGCACUGACCAUUGGGCGCCACUAUGAGAUAUCCAUGGCCUUUAACGGCCCCCUGUCUCAGACUGGAACUGGCCUGUAUCUCAGCGUGUAUGAAGAGGAUGGAAAGAACGUUUACCUGGCAACGACCCAAUUUGAGGCGCCACAUGCGCGUGAAGCGUUCCCUUGCUUUGAUGAACCUGCUCUGAAGGCUCAGUUUGACAUCACUCUGGUGCGACAGCAUGGCGGGGAAAGGAACUACACCUCACUCACAAACACUCCCCUAAAGUCAUCUGGAACGCCACAGAAUGGCAUGGUAGCUGACGUGUAUGAGCGGACUGAGGUCAUGCCUACCUACCUCUUGGCGUUCAUAGUGUGCGACUACGAGUAUGUGGAGACCAACGUCAGCAAUGUUCUGUAUCGAACAUGGGCGAUGCCAAAGAGGUUGCAGUAUACGGAAGCUGCACAACGCCAUGGGAUCGCGGUCUUUGAGCGGUAUACACAAUACUUUACGCCAGCAUAUGUCUUUACAAAAUUGGACAACAUCGCCAUCCCAGACUUCAACGCUGGAGCCAUGGAGAACUGGGGUCUCAUUACCUACAGGGAGACUCUACUCUAUGAACCUGGGGUCUCCUCAGCAUCCGAUGAGAACUGGAUAGCGGAGGUCAUCUCUCAUGAGAUUGCUCACCAGUGGUUCGGUAACCUAGUAUCUCCCAAAUGGUGGAACUGGCUGUGGCUGAACGAGGCCUUCGCUUCCUUCUGGGACUACCACAUCGUGGGGGAGAUCUACCCUACGUGGAGGAAGCUUGACGUCCACGUAUCAGCUAGUGUCCAUGGUGCCCUGUCAUCGGACAGUCUGAGGACGUCCCACCCUCUCACAGCUGACGUCAUGACCCCCGGGGAUAUCAGCGCAAUAUUUGAUACCAUCACCUACACAAAGGGUUCUGCUAUCAUCCGGAUGAUGCAUCUCGCCAUGGGCCAGGACAUCUUCAUCCUUGGUCUUAAUCGUUAUCUGGAAGCAAAUAAAUUUGGCAACGCAGAACAUCAGGAUUUAUGGGAUGCUCUCAGUGCGCAAGCCACUGAGAGUAACCUCAACUUGAACAUGACCGAGGUCAUGGACCCCUGGGUAACGCAGAUGAACUAUCCUGUGGUCAACGUCGUCGUGACGGCAGGUGCAGUAACAUUCACUCAACAACGAUUCCUCGUUUCUGGAGCAGAAGAUGCCAGUCAAGAUGUCGGCACAUACGGCUACAAGUGGACGAUUCCUGUCACGUUCACCGUCAGCUACAACGUUAACUUCACCGAAGAAUACGCAUAUGACAACAUCCACUACAUGAAAGUUAACGAAGACUCAAUGGAGCUGCCUGUCAAUGUCUCGACUGGUGGCUGGAUCAUUGUCAACAUUCAGCAGUGCGGCUUCUACCGCGUCAACUACGACGCGACGACGUGGAAUAACAUCAUAGCCUUCUUAAGUAGCGACCACGAGAAAAUACAUCCGAUAAAUCGCGCGCAGAUCAUUAACGAUGCAUGGAACCUGGCAAAGGCAGGCCUGCUAGAUCAGUCUGUUGCCCUGAAGACAGUCAAUCACCUCAGCAGGGAUCUGGAUUACGCCCCUUGGCGAGCCUUUAUCCGGGAACUUGGCUACGUACAAAAUAUGUUGGAGCGGACUUCACUGUUUGGACUGUUUGAGGAAUUCAUGAAAAAUACAGUUGCCACUCCGUAUUCUUUACUUGGAACCAAUAUUACAGAGGCGAUGCCCCCAGUAGACAAGAUUGAAAUUGCUCAGAUAGUGUCUUUGGCCUGUGACUAUGACUACCAAGAGUGCGUGGACACGGCUGUGAGGUCUCUGGACGAGUGGAUGGCCGACCAGUCCGUGAACAGCAUAUAUCCGGACCUGCGCAGUACGUUCUACUGCACAGCAGUUAGACACGGAGAUCUGGCACACUGGGACUUUGUCUAUGAGAGAUAUCACACGGAGCAGACCAGCUCGGAGAAGACAAGUCUGAGACAGGCUCUGUCCUGCACCAGAGAACCCUGGCUACUGCAGAGGUUGCUGGACAUGUCGGUGAACGCAAGCGAGGUUCGACCCCAGGACGCUCGGACUACCAUCACCUAUGUGGCAAACAGCCGGUGGGGACGGGACCUGGCAUGGAACUUCGUCACUCACAACUAUGCACAUCUUAGCGACGUAAUAAAGUCCGUUUCUGGAAUGUCGAGCCUCAUCCCCGAUAUCACCGUCAAAUUCAACACCGAACAGGAAUACAAAAAGGUUCAGGACUUCAUGGACAGUGGUGAGGACGUAUCUGGGGCCGCCUCAGCGUUUACUCAGGUUUUGGACAGAACCAGGACCAACAUUGACUGGCUGAGGAAGAACUAUGAUAUCUUCCAGGACUGGCUGCAGACUGCGCCAAGAAACUAGAACACUCUGACUCAAACGUUGUGUAGAUAUAUAUUGAAGGCUAUUAUCACGGAUCAACAUUGACAGGCCGAGGACCAACUACGAGAUCUUCAAGAACUGGAUCCAAAGCCAGACACUGAACUAAUGCUUUCUGAAUCCAACUCAUCCUCAACCAUCCAGGGUAUUAUGAUAAAUACACUGGAGCCAUUCGCCACCACAGCAUCCCAUUGAAUUCAGUACGAAUGACACGACGUUCCAAAUUAAUCGCUCUUUCAUGAUUGUGUCAAUGUUGAUGUUGAUGUAUAAGGGGAUGCACUUCAUUUUUGAUAAUGAUUGAUGAAGUAGAGAUGUCGUUCAGGUAGAGAUUGUUUUUAUAUAGAUACAGUAAACGACGGUUAUAACGAACUCAAAGGGACUAAUAUCAUUUGUUCGUUAUAUCCAUAGUUCGUUAUAAGCGUUUCAACUUAAAGUUAUCGCAAAUGGCCUGGACCAAAAACAAUAGUUCGUUAUAUCCGUCACUUCGUUAUAAGCGUGUUCGUUAUAAAGGUAGUUUACUGUAUACAUACAUUCGAGUAUACAGAAUAUACAUGGUGUUCUUUAAUACAUAGCUGCAACGGUUCGAUUCACCUUUGUGCUUGAGCAGUACCAGGGCCUAAUGUCCGGACUCUGUUUUCGAGCUCUUUAGCUUUUUCUCUAUCGAUCCAUAGUUGGUUGGUUGGUUUGUUGUUUACGCCGCACUCAGCAAUAUUCCAGCUAUAUGACGGCGGUCUGUAAUUAAUCGAAUCUGGAACAGACAAUCCAGUGAUUAAUAUCAUGAUCAUCGAUCCACGUAAUUGGAAUCGAUGACAUGCAUCAACCAAGUCAGCGAGUCUGACCACCCGAUCCCGUUAGUCGCCUCUUACAACAAGCAUAGUCGCCUCUUAUCGCAAGCAUGGGUUGCUGAAGACCUAUUCUACCCCGGGUCUUCACGGGUGUACUCCAUGGGGGUAAUAUUUAUGUACUGAUGGUGGUAAUCCACAACUCUGAUUUCAUGGGCAACACAACAUAGAUCUUAACAGUCAGUCUUAAAAAUUAGUACAUUAAAAAUAGAAACAAGCGGCGAAUUUACCAGUAUUCGACUUCAUAUGCGUGUGGUCGCCUUCACAACCAUCUUAUUCCACAAAACCUUCCAUGUCGUAGUAUUCAGGAAAUCAUCCACUCAAGAUAUAAAUAUGUUAUAACAGUGUCUUGAUUCAGUUAUAUACAUCGAGGACUCGCUCGGACGAUGCAGUGAUUUUGAAUUUAGAUGUAUGCCCAACUUUGAUUGGUUGUUUCACGCUCAUGCGCUGGAGAAAUUAUGUGACCCAGUUCUAUGAGUGAGUGAGUUUGGUUUUACGCCGCUUUUAGCAAUAUUCCAGCAAUAUCACGGCGGGGGAGACCAGAAAUGGGCUUCACACAUUGUACCCAUGUCGGGAAUCGAACCCAGGUCUUCGGCGUGACGAGCGAACGCUUUAACUACUAGGCUACCCGACCGCCCCUCUAUGAGAGAUGGAGCCUCCGGAUGAAGCGGUGAAUGCGUUUAGCAUGUUAUAACAUAAUAGAAUUGGGAUAUAUAAUUCACUUGAUAGACUUGCUUCAGGCGCUUUUGAAUAAAGAGAGAAGAAACUA